AUAUAAGUGAUUGAGAAGAAAAAAAAACUGAAAUUUUCUUGGCAGUUUGUCACACAAAAAAAGCCAGUCUUCUAAAGGCUGCUGCUUUUGCAUGGUUUAUCAUCUCUCUCCCAAAUUCCCGGUCAAAUUCACAACCCCCUCAUUCAACUCUCAUUUCCUCACAUCUUUCUUUCCUCCCCGCAGCAUGAUCUCUCUGUUUUAGAGCUUUCUAGAUAUAGAUAUUCUGGGUUUUUUGCAGAACUUGUGAAAACCCAUUGCCUGAAACUCUGCAGAAAAAAAAAAUGAGGAACAACCCUGCAGAAAACGAGGAGGCGGUGGGGGCGGAGAUAGAGGCAAGCAAGGCUGCAGGGAACGGGAUUGUUGUCUGUGGAUUGAGUCCUCUGAGCGAGACGCUUUGGAGGGACAAGGCGACCACAGAAUUUGUGGGUGACGUGUCUGCCAGGCUGACAUGGAAGGAUCUGACGGUGAUGGUGACUCUCAGCAAUGGGGAGACCCAGAAGGUUUUGGAGGGGCUUACUGGCUAUGCCGAGCCUGGAUCCAUCACCGCCCUCAUGGGUCCCUCUGGCUCCGGAAAAUCAACCCUGCUCGACGCUCUUUCUAGCCGGCUUGCAGCCAACGCUUUCCUUUCUGGAACCAUCCUCCUCAAUGGCCGCAAAACCAAGCUCUCUUUCGGGACUGCAGCGUAUGUGACCCAAGAUGAGAAUUUGAUCGGCACUCUAACAGUACGGGAGACAAUUUCAUAUUCAGCUCGGCUACGUCUCCCCGACAAGAUGCCAUGGUCGGAGAAACGUGCACUGGUUGAGAGCACCAUAAUAGAGAUGGGUCUCCAAGAUUGCUCUGAUACAGUAAUUGGAAACUGGCAUUUGCGUGGAAUCAGUGGAGGAGAGAAGAGAAGGGUCAGCAUUGCUCUUGAGAUCUUGAUGAGACCCAGAUUGCUCUUCCUGGAUGAGCCAACUAGCGGGCUUGAUAGUGCCUCGGCCUUCUUUGUUACACAAACUUUACGUGGUCUGUCAAGAGAUGGGAGGACAGUGAUAGCCUCCAUUCACCAGCCAAGCAGUGAAGUGUUUGAACUGUUUGAUCAAUUGUACUUGCUUUCUGGGGGCAAAACUGUAUUUUUUGGCCAGGCUUCCGAAGCAUACGAGUUCUUUGCACAAGCUGGGUUCCCCUGCCCUGCUUUGAGGAACCCAUCUGAUCAUUUUCUCAGAUGCAUCAAUUCUGACUUCGAUAAAGUUAAGGCCACUCUAAAAGGAUCCAUGAAGUUGCAGUUUGAGGCAAGUGAUGAUCCACUAGAGAAGAUUACCACAGCUGAAGCUAUUCGAACCCUUAUUGACUUCUACCGUACGUCUCACUUCUGCUAUGCAGCGAGAGAAAAAGUUGAUGAGAUAUCCAAAGUCAAAGGAACUGUGCUUGAUGCAGGAGGUAGUCAGGCUAGUUUCUUCAUGCAAGCCUUCACCUUGACCAAGCGUUCAUUCAUCAACAUGUCAAGGGACUUCGGGUAUUACUGGCUUAGGCUUGUAAUUUACAUUGUUGUCACUAUCUGCAUUGGGACCAUCUAUUUGGAUAUUGGGACUGGUUACAAUUCAAUUCUGGCAAGGGGAUCAUGUGCAUCUUUUGUGUUUGGUUUUGUAACAUUCAUGUCAAUUGGGGGAUUUCCUUCGUUUGUAGAAGAUAUGAAGGUCUUUCAGAGAGAGAGGCUAAAUGGCCAUUAUGGUGUGACUGCAUUUGUCGUCGGCAACACACUCUCUGCAAUGCCAUUCCUUAUUCUCAUAACUUUCCUCUCUGGAACCGUUUGUUACUUCAUGGUCCGCCUCCACCCAGGAUUUGAACAUUAUAUAUUCUUUGUUCUUUGCCUUUACGCCAGUGUCGCUGUUGUUGAGAGCUUGAUGAUGGCCAUAGCCAGUAUUGUCCCUAAUUUCCUCAUGGGUAUCAUCAUAGGGGCUGGGAUUCAGGGCAUAUUCAUGCUUGUGUCUGGAUACUUCAGACUUCCAAACGACAUCCCCAAGCCUGUGUGGCGCUACCCCAUGUCAUACAUCAGCUUCCAUUUCUGGGCUCUGCAGGGACAAUACCAGAAUGAUCUCAAGGGCUUGAUGUUCGACAACCAACCACCGAGUACUUUGAAGAUCCCGGGAGAGUACAUCUUGGAAAAUGUUUUCCAGAUUGAUGUGCACAGAUCAAAAUGGGUGGAUCUGAGUGUGAUCUUUAGCAUGAUAGUGGUCUACCGCGUCAUAUUUUUCAUCAUGAUCAAAAUUAAUGAGGAUGUGACCCCAUGGAUCAGGGGUUACAUAGCAAGAAGAAGAAUGCAGCAGAAGAAUGGCAACCAAAAUACAAUAGUUUCUCCCAAUGGUCUUACUCAAUCUCCAUCUUUGAGAACCUAUGCCAACAAUGGUAAAAAGUAGACAGACAGGAGACAGCUGCCAUAGCACACAAUAAAGAAGGGUUAAAAAGUCAUUUCAGUACUAUGAACUUGAACAGGGAUUGUAGCAAAUGUUCUGAUAAUUUUUUACCUCCACUAGUUUGGACGGCACAUGUGCUUGACAACAUAAUUUGUAACGUAAUAUUUAAUGCUGCAAGUUUCUCCACACAAAUGUUUUGGAAAUGACAACAU